AAACUAUCAAAUGAAACGGUCCCGCGAUUGUAUUUGUUUGGAGAAUUAACAAUUUUAUCAUAAUUAAAGUUUGUGUGUAUCAAAGAAAAUGAAUAUUUCCAGUUUUUCACAAAAUCCAGCAGAUACUAGUGAAAAUGAAACCAUAAACCGUGCUAAAACAUUUGUUUUACCGGGCAAAUGUUUUGAAAGACGUGCAGCAUGCACUUGGAGACGAGGAAAUAAGUUCUCAAUAUUUUCAAGAAGUCAAACUACCAGUAAAAGUGCACCAGCAACGAGUGAUGACAGAAUUCUAAACAUUCGUCAAGAUGUAUUACUUUUCCACCCAAUUUUACGUAAAUUGGUAAAUGAAUCCAACGGGACAUUCUUGUCCCUGCAAAAAGCAGCGGAAGCGAAUAAAAAUUUGGAUAACCAUGUUGAAUUUUUGAAGCAUUCUCGCCAAUACCGCUCAAUCAUUCGAGUGUGCAUUGAAAACCUUCAAGAAGCUGCGUCCAAAGAGAGUGAUGGCGUUGAAAAGAACAACCUAUUAACUUGUAUAACAAUAUUUUACUCUAUAGAGUGUGUGUGGCACUUGUGUGAGAUCCUAUACGUGGACAAUGUCCCUGGAGAGUAUGUACUACCAUUUCUACUUGAAUGGGUCCGGUUCCACUUUCCAUGCCAUGAGCAAAUGGCCACGCAGCUGCUGGAUGCAUGCGAGCGGGGCUCCGAGGAGCACCCGGAGUACUGGGACACUGUCAUCGGCAUGAUUGUGCAGGGGAGAGUGGAUGUGGCACGGGCACUGUUGAAGCUACACUCCGCUACGGAUACUACUGAGUUUAAACUGGUUGAUAAUUCUUUAAAAAGUAUGCCAAUUUACAGUGUAUAUGGAGGUUUAUCAACUGGAGAAUUCACAAUAACCUGGAAGCACUGGCAGGCCGAGUGCCGCUCCAAACUGAGCAGCCGGAGUGUUGCCUCACAGCCUCACCUAGAACUCAUAAUGAGGCUCGUAACUGGCGAUUACUCAGCAUUCGAGAGCAUCCUAUCCAAAUACGACUCAUGGCUCUACAUUCUCGGCGGCUGGACCGUGUUCACCAUGCCAUGGGCCAAACGCCACGAGCUGCGCGCCGCCGCCGCCGCGUGCGCCGGCAUGCGCGGGGCGGGUCGCAGCGCGCUGCACGACCUGCUGCGGCCUGCGGUCGAGGGGGAACUGCAUCAGGUGAUUCACGAAAUUCAGCAGAUAUCAGAUAACGGUUGGUUCGCGACACAUCUCACAGACAUCCUGGUCCACUGUGGCAAACUGAAGAUCUUAGAUAAGCAUCAGACUGACGUGACGUCGCGCCUCCGCGACAGCCUGAUCCUGGAGUACGGCAGCCUGGUGAUGGAGCACGGCUCGCUGUGGGCGGCGGGGCUGUCGUACCUGUGCGCAUGCGCGCCCGAGGGCCCGGCGCGCGCCGCGCUGCUGCUGGCGCGCCUGCCGCUGCGCACGGACACCAGAGCGCUGCGCGUCGCCGCCGAGGCGCAGAAGUACGGCCUGCACAACGUCGUGCGGUCGAUCUGCCUGUGCGUAGGCGCGCGGCACCUGUCGGGCGGGCGGCUGGGCGCGGCGCUGGCGUGGGGCAUGCGCGGCCGCGACUCCGCGCUGUGCGCACGCGCCGCCGACGCCGCGCUGCGCCUCUACACCGCCCGCGGCACGCUGCCGGCCCGAGACCUGCUGCCGGCCGCCGGCACGGGGCUGCUGCUGCAUCACAGGGCGCUGUUGUUAGGCAAAUACUGCGACUUCCACAGAUUGUACAAGAACAGGGAAUUCAGGAAAGCUGCCAAGUUGCUCAUAUCUCUACUGACCUCAAAUAUUGCACCAGACUACUUCUGGGAAACCCUCCUCCUCGACACCCUUCCCCUGCUGGAGUCGGACGAACCGGUGUUCUCCUCCGCGGACACGUUCGAGAUUAUGCUGUGCCUGGAGCUGCGCGCGGGCAGCCUGGCCGGCGAGCGCGCCGAGCUGCUGCGCCUCGCCUGCGCGCGCAACCUCGCCCGCAGUCUGCUGCAGGAUGUCAAGGAUGAGGAAUGAGGGUAGCAACACAGAGUCGGUUGCACCAAACAGCCUGUCACUUCCUACGACUGACGUCCGAAUGUGGUACGUCGUCAAAGUCGUCCUGACAUUUUGUUUACGUUCAUAAUUGUUUACCGUAAAAACACGUCAUUGGCCAAGGAUUAAAAUUAAAACGUUCGCAAUAUUUUAUUGUAUUGGAAGUUUUAUAGUUGUUUACUGCUGAUUGCCGUUGUUCAGUCUGUCAAGUGGUUGGUGUAACUGGCCAAUAAUCUGGUUAGACUGGUCAGGCGCAUCCACACAAAACGAUCUGCCUCGCGAGUAAAUUGCCGGGUUAAGGAGCCAGUAUAUAUAGAUGUGCCUCGUCCAAGGCAAACGCAUUUAAAUGAAUUCCUUCACGUACAUAUUCCUGGACCCCCAGCCAGCUCGACCCGCAUAGGAAUCGUAAUUCGUAUGUGUCCAACUGUUCAGAAUCCCCUUCCUAUCCAGAAACCCCUCCCCCUCGUCCUUCCCAACAGAUACAGUCUUUUUACAUACCAAAUUUCAUGAAAAUCUGUUUUGUAGUUUUAACUGUACAAGAUAGCAGACAGUGUUACUUAAUUACGCAUUUACAUUUAUGGAUAAUGAUGGUUUACUAAACUAAAUUAUAUCAGUAAUUAAUAUAUGUAAUGUGAAACUAAUUUAACUUGGCAAUUAUAAUCAGCAAAGCUGUGAUUGUUUGGUACUAGAGUGCUUAAUACUGGGUCUUCUUUAGUCAAUGAUUGGUGCUGUUGACAGCCAAAUGCAGCAGUUGACCCAAUGCACGGGCUCAUGAGCCAUUUUGUAUACAAUUACAUGUCAACAUGAAAUGUGGAUUUUUCACUGUAGCUUUUACUUAAUGGAAGUUUCUAGUGUUAAGCAACUGUUUCAGUGGUGGAAGGAGAGCUAAAUUGUGUUUUUGGAAUCUUUUACUGUUCAGUCACAGAUGAGAUGACUUAAAUAUUUCUUUGUACCACAUACUCUACUUAUUUAUGCAUUUCAAUCUUAUA